UUUUAGGAGUUCCUUUAGGAACUGAGAUGAGAACUCAUACAUCAGAGAAGCCCCCAUUGGACAUGUAUUUGAUGAGACUUAUGUAGAAACUGAGCCUACUUUUCCUUUCCUCCAUUAUCUGAGAUGGUGUAGGAGGGGAGCAUGUUUGAUUUAUUGGGGGAAAAAGUUUGCACUUUGUUCUUGAUAUAUGUCUUUGAAGUUGUUUUUUCCCCCCUAAUUUAUGUUGGUUAAAUGAAAUUGGGAUGCUAGUUAGAACCUGCUUUCCCUGCUCCUUCUCUCCCAAGGCAGUCAAGAGAACAUAGUUGUUGAGAACUCAAGCUUAUAAAAAGAGAAAAAACCCAAACCUCAGGGUGCCUUUUUGGAACCCAGAAAGGAGAUAUAAUAAGAACAAAUAUCCUCCUGAAGAUGGCUUCUUGCUACUUGGGGCAUCAACACUGGACUGGCUACAACAUCUGGCUUGGGCUCUAAUUCACAGAUUCCUGUGGUUUGUUCUCCUUACCUUCCAGAACUCCUAAGACUGGAGAUUCUAUUCCCUUCAUCAGGUGACAUGGGUAAAAGCGUCACCAAGAUUCUCCCAGAUCAGUGAGACUCUAGUAACUGAAGCUGAUGAGUCUUUUAAAAUAUUUCCAGCCAAUCAAAGAACUUCAAUUUCAACAUGUAUUUAGACUACCAGGACUAGUUAUAGACUAUCUGCAACAUGUUCCACAAGCUUCAAGACACUUCUCUGAUACAUUAUUAUGAGUUUCUUUGAAGUAGGUUCCCAUAUUCUCCAUGUGGAGAGUCAACAUCCCAGAUUCCUGUAAAAGUGUCCUUCAUCUUGCUCUUGUUGAAUUUUGGACUUUUUGGAUCAAGGAUGUAUUUCGAUGCCAAGUGAUGAUACUGCAUUAAAAAAAAAAAGUGAGUAAACCUAUUUUGCCCUAGUCGGCCAAAGAUCCAAAGUUAUUCUGUAACUUAUUCAUCUACAUGAACCAACAUGAAGAACUGUAAAACUGAGAACUUUUAGAAGAAAAGAAGAUAUUGAGGUUCUUUGCUGUGCCCUGAAAAGUGUGACUUCCAGAUAGAAUCUCUGAGGGCUCCUGAUGAGAUUAGGUUCAGCUGGUGUGGGCCGAAUGAUCCCCGAACCAAAAAGAAAGAAAGAAACAAACAAAAAAACAACCUCCUCCUCCACUAUCUUGGUUGAGUGCCUGGAGACUGGCCCAGGUUACUUUCAAGCAAAGAAGUUGGAGCAUGGCUAUGAGCAGUGGAAACAAUGAUUUCAUGGUUCUGAGCAAUGGCAACAUUAUGCCCAACUCCAGUACCCUUACAUCCUGUGAUGGAGACAUUGCAACCCAACAGCACCCAUCCAAAGAAACACCCAAAACAAAAGUGAGUCCAAAUGGAUGCCUCCAAGUUAAUGGCACAAUUAAACCUUCUUUUCUGCCUUUAGACAACCAAAGAACCCCCCAGAUGUUAUCCCAAUGCUGCCAUCCUUGCCCAUACCAUUCCUCUUUGAAUAACCAUAGCAGUCACCAAGAGUGCCAUUCCCAAGCUGGUCCCACAGCACCAUCUCCUGUGGCCUCAUGUUGCAUGCAGCCACACUCCGAGUAUUCUGCAUCUCUCUGUCAAAACCAUUCACCUGUGUAUCAGACUUCCUGCUGUCUUCAGCCCUCUCCAUCAUUCUGCCUGCAUCAUCAGUGGCCUGACCAUUUUCAACAUCAGCCAGUACAGCAGCAUAUAGCCAACUUAAGACCAUCCAGACCUUUCAAAUUACCAAAAAGUUAUGCGGCCUUGAUAGCUGACUGGCCUGUGGUGGUAUUGGGUAUGUGCACUGUACUCAUUGUGGUCUGUGCCCUGGUUGGAAUAUUAGUGCCUGAUCUUCCUGACUUCUCAGACCCUUUGCUGGGUUUUGAACCAAGAGGGACUGCAAUAGGCCAAAGGCUGGUCACAUGGAAUAACAUGGUGAAAAAUACAGGAUACAAAGCAACACUAGCAAAUUAUCCUUUUAAAUAUGCAGAGGAACAAGUCAAAAGCCAUCGUGAUGACAGAUGGUCAGACAAUCAUUAUGAAAGAGAAAAGAGACAAGCUGAAUGGAACUUCCACAAAGACAGCUUUUUCUGCGAUAUUCCAAGUGACCGAUAUUCCAGAGUAGUGUUUACCUCUACUGGAGGAGAGACUUUAUGGAAUUUACAUGCAAUUAAAUCAAUGUGCAGUGUGGAUAAUUUGAGGAUCAGAUCCCAUUCCCAGUUUGGGAAUCUCUGCCAGAGGGCCACAGCUGCUUCAUGUUGCCCCAGCUGGACCCUGGGAAACUACAUCGCUCUCCUUAACAAUCGCUCAUCCUGUCAAAAAAUUGUGGAGAGAGAUGUUUCACAUACCUUGAAGCUGCUUCGCACAUGUGCCAAACAUUACUACAAUGGCACCCUGAGGCCAGACUGCUGGGACAUAGUGUCCCGGAGGAAGGAUCAGCUCAAGUGUACCAGCGUGCCUCGCAAAUGUACCAAGUACAACGCCGUUUACCAGAUCCUCCACUACUUGGUGGACAAAGACUUUAUGAGCCCAAAGACAGUUGACUACAUGGUGCCAGCCUUAAAGUACAGCAUGCUCUUCUCGCCCACGGAAAAAGGGGAAAGCAUGAUGAAAAUUUACCUGGACAAUUUUGAGAACUGGAACUCUUCAGACGGUGUGACCACCGUCACGGGAAUAGAGUUUGGGAUCAAACACAGCUUGUUUCAGGAUUAUCUUUUAAUGGAUACCGUGUAUCCUGCUAUCGCCAUCGUGAUUGUCCUCUUAGUCAUGUGCGUUUACACCAAGUCCAUAUUUAUCACGCUGAUGACUAUGUUCGCCAUAAUUAGCUCUCUGAUAGUUUCCUACUUUCUCUAUCGAGUUGUCUUCAACUUUGAGUUUUUUCCCUUCAUGAAUCUCACCGCGCUCAUCAUCCUGGUCGGGAUCGGGGCAGAUGACGCUUUUGUUUUGUGCGAUGUUUGGAACUACACCAAGUUUGACAAACCCCACGCAGAAACCUCCGAGACGGUGAGCAUCACGUUGCAACAUGCGGCGCUCUCCAUGUUUGUCACCAGCUUCACCACAGCAGCUGCUUUUUACGCGAACUAUGUUAGUAACAUCACCGCCAUUCGCUGCUUUGGUGUUUAUGCUGGGACCGCCAUUCUGGUGAAUUAUGUCCUCAUGGUCACAUGGUUGCCGGCCGUGGUGGUGCUCCACGAGCGCUACCUGCUCAAUAUCUUCACUUGCUUCAAGAAGCCCCAGCAACAGAUGUACAGUGACAAAAACUGCUGGUUGUCAGCUGUUUGCCAGAAGUGCCACAAAGUGCUCUUUGCCAUUUCCGAAGCAUCUCGGAUCUUUUUCGAGAAAGUGCUGCCUUGUAUCGUCAUCAAGUUCCGGUACGUUUGGCUCUUCUGGUUCCUGGCCCUGACCAUAGGUGGGGCUUAUAUUGUGUGCAUUAACCCAAAGAUGAAACUGCCCUCGCUUGAGCUGUCAGAAUUCCAGGUGUUCAGGUCCUCUCACCCAUUCGAGCGCUAUGACGCGGAGUACAAAAAGCUCUUCAUGUUCGAGCGUGUUCACCAUGGGGAGGAGCUCCACAUGCCCAUCACCGUCAUCUGGGGCGUGUCCCCCGAAGACAACGGAAAUCCACUCAACCCCAAAAGUAAAGGGAAGUUGAAGCUGGAUUCCAGUUUCAACAUUACAAGCCCAGCUUCCCAGCUCUGGAUUCUGCACUUCUGCCAGAAGCUGAGAAAUCAGACUUUCUUUUACCAAACUGACGAACAGGACUUCACCAGCUGCUUCAUCGAGACGUUUAAGCAGUGGAUGGAGAACCAGGAUUGUGAUGAGCAGGCCCUUUACUCUUGCUGCAGCCACUGGAGCUUUCCUUACAAGCAGGACAUUUUUGAAUUGUGUAUCAAGAGGGCCAUCAUGGAGCUUGAGAGAAGCACUGGCUACCAUCUGGACAGCAAAACCCCAGGGCCAAGGUUUGACAUCAACGAUACCAUCAGGGCAGUGGUGUUAGAGUUCCAGAGCACAUACCUCUUCACGCUGGCCUAUGAAAAGAUGCAUCAGUUCUAUAAAGAGGUAGAUUCAUGGAUUUCCAAUGAGCUUAGUUCUGCCCCCGAAGGUCUUAGUAAUGGCUGGUUUGUCAGCAACUUGGAAUUUUACGAUCUUCAAGAUAGCCUCUCGGAUGGCACACUCAUCGCCAUGGGUCUUUCGGUGGCUGUUGCAUUUAGUGUAAUGCUCCUAACCACCUGGAAUAUAAUAAUAAGCCUUUAUGCAAUUGUUUCAAUAGCUGGAACUAUAUUUGUCACUGUUGGCUCCCUUGUUCUCCUGGGUUGGGAGCUGAAUGUCCUAGAAUCUGUCACAAUAUCAGUAGCUGUUGGUCUGUCUGUAGAUUUUGCUGUCCAUUAUGGAGUUGCUUACCGCUUGGCACCAGACCCUGACCGGGAAGGAAAGGUGAUCUUUUCAUUAAGUCGCAUGGGCUCUGCAAUAGCAAUGGCAGCCCUGACCACCUUUGUAGCUGGUGCCAUGAUGAUGCCCUCCACAGUUUUAGCUUAUACUCAGCUUGGCACCUUUAUGAUGCUUAUCAUGUGCAUCAGCUGGGCUUUUGCAACCUUCUUUUUCCAAUGCAUGUGCCGAUGCCUUGGGCCUCAAGGCACCUGUGGCCAAAUACCUUUACCUAAAAAGCUUCAGUGCAGUGCCUUCUCUCAUGCUUUUUCUCCAAGUCCAGGCAACAAGGGACAGAAUAAAGCACAUACCGGGAAUACAUAUCGUUUGGAUCCCAGAGUUCAAAAGUCAGAAAUAGAACAUGAAUUUUAUGAGUUAGAACCUCUGGCAUCCCACAGCUGUAAUACCUCAGAGAAGACAACCUAUGAGGAAACCCAUAUUUGCUCUGAAUUUUUCAAUGGCCAAGCAAAGAACCUGGGUGUGCCUGUACAUGCAGCCUACAAUAGUGAUCUCAACAAAGGCACUAAAAAUGGUUCCGCUUUGUUGCAUUCCUCAGUGGAACACCACACCAUGUGCCAGCUCUUCUCUCUGAAAAGGAGGUGUAGCUGUCCACAUGCCUAUAAGCAUUUGAGAUAUAGCCCUCAUUCAUGCCAACAGCUGGGUGACUGUUUGUGUUUCCAGUGUGCUCCCACAGCAGGAAAUUUUGUACAAGUACAAAAUAGCAUGGCAUCCCUAAAUGCUGUGCAACAAGCCGCUGACGGUUUUGUUCAUCCCAUUCAGCACAUCCACCACUGUCCCUGCUUACAAGGGAGAGUAAAACGACCUGUCAUGCAGAAUUCUCUUCCGAGAAAUUUCUUUCUCCAUUCAGUACAACACAUUAAGUCCCAAGAAAAAGUUGGCAAUGCCAAUGCACACAGUCUUCAGAGUAUUGAAGAGAACUUGAGGACUCUCCCAAAGACAGUGGACUCUUCACCAUUUAUCUGUGGAAGCACUGGUUCUAUCAUAAAGUCAUGUUGUGACCCUGAGAAUACCAUGUUACAAAACCAAAGGGAACUCUGUCAAAAUAGAGAUGCUUGUGACCUAAUAGGGAAUUCUGAAGUCAGUGGAAAUGAAAGCAAGGGCAUUUGCUCAGUGAAUCAGACCGACAAACCUGAGAGUAAGGGGGACCUGAGUUUACCACAGACUGGUCUAAUUGUAAGCUCAGAACAUUUAAACCAAAAUGAACCAAAACUUAUAUUUAAUGGUAUAAGGAGAGAGAGUGGUUAUAUAUCUCACCCUAGCAACUCCCAAUGUUGUGGCAGAGUUGUCAAGGUGAAGUGCCAUUCUGUGGACUAUCAAAUGCCAAACCUUGAAGCCAGUGUGCCUGCUGUAUUAACACACUCAGAACUUUCCAGUGAAAGUUUAAUAAAAACACUAUAAUAAAUAUUAAGUUUAGAAA